CAUGUAGACGUGGUCAAAUAAUAAAUGAAGCAGGCUAACAAUUAGGUGACUUUCUAGCAUGAUUGCUGGAAAGGAAAGUUGUUGCUAAAAGAGAUUUGUGUUGUUGUUGUGUAACUGGAGCACAGACUUCAUCGUCGUCAUCGUCAUGAUGAUGAUUGAUUGUUCGUGCUCAUCCAAGCUCCUAAUGUGUCCCUUUAUGUCCUCCCUCUCUCGCACUAAUUGCUCCACUCGUCGUCGGGGGGACAUGGCGUGGAUCCGGGUCCUGGCGCUGGCCUUGUGGGUGAGUCUGAGAGCUCUGGGGGAUCCGAGCAAGCCGGCCCGGGCGCCUCUGAUCCCUCACCGGCCGUUUGUGGUGGUCUGGAACGCUCCCACCGAACCGUGCCGCCUGCGCUUCCAGGUGGACCUGGACUUGAGCGUUUUCGACAUCGUGGCCAACCUCAACGAAACUCUCAGCGGGCCCAACGUGACCAUCUUCUACCACAGCCACCUGGGCUAUUAUCCGUACUACUCCGGCUCCGGCGUGCCGAUCAACGGCGGACUUCCGCAGAACCAGAGCGUCUCCAAACAUCUCAGCAAAGCUCGCAACGACAUCGACAAGCUGAUCCCGCACAAGGACUUUAGAGGGCUGGGCGUCAUCGACUGGGAGGACUGGAGGCCCCAGUGGGUACGGAACUGGGGCUCCAAGGACAUCUACCGCAACAAGUCCAAGGAACAGAUCCGGAAGCUUCACCCCAACUGGCCAGAGAGCAAAGUGGAGAACGAGGCCAAGGAGAGCUUCGAGAGGGCGGGGCAGGCCUUCAUGAACCUCACCUUGGCCUUGGCCGAGGCUCGCAGGCCGGCCGGCUUGUGGGGCUUUUAUUUGUUCCCGGACUGCUACAACUACGGAUACAAGCAGCACCCGCAGCGCUACACCGGCGAGUGUCCCAAUGUGGAGCACGUUCGCAACGACCACCUGAUGUGGCUGUGGAAGGUGAGCACGGCGCUCUUCCCGUCCAUCUACCUGGACUACGAGCUCAGGUCCUCCGCCAACACCGUCAAGUUUGUCCACUACAGGGUCAGGGAGGCCAUGAGAAUCGCCUCCAUUGCCCGUCCUGACGUCACACUGCCGGUUUUUGUCUACUCCAGACCUUUCUACGCCUACACCUUUGUGGUUCUGUCUGAGAGUGACCUGGUGCACACCAUCGGUGAGAGCGCCGCCCUCGGAGCGUCGGGAGUCGUUCUGUGGGGGUCGUCAGAGUACGCCCGGACGCAGAGGAACUGUUUGACGGUGAAGAAGUACAUCGACGGCCCGCUCGGCCAUUACGUGGUCAACGUCACGUCGGCCGCCAAGCUGUGCAGCAAAGCUCUCUGCAAGAAAAACGGCCGCUGCGUUCGCAAGAGCCUGGACUCGGCCACUUACCUGCACCUCAACCCGCGCUUCUUCCACAUCCGCCGCUCGCCGACGGCUGCCGGCGCCCGCUUCCGCGUCAGCGGCGGGCUGGACAAGCGGGACCUCCUGGACAUGAAGCACAAGUUCACCUGCCAGUGCUACCACGGCUGGACCGGCGUCCACUGCGAGAUGCCGCAGAUAGCUCCGCCCACGCGGCAGGACGGCGUGCCGGGCGACAUCCUGCGGCUCCUCCCGCUUCACGUCUCCUGCCUGUGCGCCGUCGCGCUGCUGGGGCUGUGCCUCCUCAUCAAGUGUCUGACGGUGUAGCGAACACAAGUCACUUCCUGUUAGCUCUUCCCGGGACGCCGUUUUGAAUGUAAGACAAUCUUUUAUAAAGACUUCAUCGAGAAUAUUCAUGUGAAUUUAAAUGUUUCAACUGUCCUGCAAGGAGAUAUAUUAUAUCCGCGGAAAGUACCUCACACAUUCCAAAUUCCCACUUUCAUUGAAUGCAACAAAAGUAAAAGUAAAGUAAAAUGACACUUUGUGGGAUCAAGCACUUACACAAAAAGUAUGUUGCUUCCAACAAAGGCUAAUAAUACUAUUAUUAUUAUCAUUAUUAUUAGUGAGUGUACUUGAACGCAUCACAGGUCUGCAUUAACUAACACAUUUUUAGUCUGCUCGGGUGGUUUCACUUAUAUUUUAAUGUGCUUGAUUUUGUUUGUCUCUAUUUAUAAGACAAUAAAGCUUCUUUUGUUUAGUUUGUUUGUGUUUUUUACUGGCGACUUUUUUUCCACUUCUACUUACAUUACAUACUUGCUGGAACAUUGAUACAACAUUGACCAUACAUAGAUGUCCUUUAAAAGUGACGUUGAACCAAUGUUGCAAAAUAGUUGUAAUUGUAAAGUGAGACAACAUUGAUGUCAAACAUUGGAUCCACGUUGUUGGUUGGAAAAUGACCAAGUUUCAAUUGUCGAAUCAAUAUCUCAACCUGACAUUGAAUAAACGUAGUCAAAAAGCAUGUUGUUUAAAUGUUGUAUUUGUGUUGUACAAUUUUGGUCGGGAAAUGACCAAAAUUCAAUGGUCAAAUUAAUGUAACAAACCGACAUUGAAUAAAAGUAGUCAAAAAGCAUGUUGUUUCAACGUUGUAUCUGUUGUAGAAUUUUGGUUGGUAUCUGAUCAAAAUUCGAUGGUCAAAUCAACGUCACAAGUCAACAUUGAAUAAACGUCAAAAAGCAUGUUGUUUCAACGUUGUAUCUGUUGUAGAAUUUUGGUUGGGAACCGACCAAAAUUCAAUGGUCAAAUCAAACGUCACAACCUGACAUUGAAUAAACGUCAUCAAAAAUAAAGUUGUUUCAAUGUUGUAUUUGUGUUGUAGAAUAGUGGUUG